AGUCGCGUACCUGUCGCGCGGACGUCAAUCGUUACAUAGCCGCGUCGGUCUGCAACGGCGGGCAUGCGCACUCCAGCGUCUGUGUGAACAUUCGACCAAGAGGGAAAUGAGGAGGAACUUCGGUGCACGUCGGGUGCGAAUGCUCGGACUGCCGCCGCCGCACCGCCCGUCCCGCAGUCCUCCCGCCGCGCCGGCUCCGCACGCUCCACGCUAACCGCAUCAUGGUAAUGGAUACCCGAGAAGAAAAUGAGCAUGAGCAUAAUUCGUCAAUCUUCGUAACAAAUUUUCAAAAUGGAGAAACUGUCAACUAUUCUCUCGUUUUAAUAAAAGGAAUUAUAACAAGAGGUAAUUCCAAUAAUCAAGAUAAAAUAUUAUGCACAACAUCAAGUGAUGGUAUCAAAAACAAAUCAGAAUGGAACGUUUACAACGGAGAGUUCAAGGUUAUUGUAGAACUAAAAAGAGGAGAAAAUUUAAUUGAACUUCAGCAAUCUGACCAACAACGCAAAGUUCUCUUGCUUGAUUAUACACCAAGGAAGACAAACCUGAGAGUCACUCCUGUGUACAUAAUAUGUCAGGGCCACGACGGUUGUUUUCAAAGCCCACCCGACAUCGAUAACUCAGUCGAAAGUGCCUGUUCUCGAUUAGCACUUGGUUCUAAAUUAAUCCAAAGUAUAACUGCAGAAAAAUUAUUUGAAAGUGGAGUUGGAAGAAAAACAUUCCAACUAGAGCAUGAAGUGGAUCCUAAAAAACCAGAGUGUAUUGUUUUUCGAAGCACAUUAAAUGUUAAUAAGGCACGAAAAAUGAAACAAGCUGAACUUUGGACACAUUUCGGGCGAGAAUUAAUGCUUUCUGACUUAGGCAGUAACGAGAGAAAAUUUUUGGGUUUUAUUUCAUGUACCAGAUUUAAAGGUACGGAUAUUGAUAAGCCAAUGACCCACGAGGAAAUAGUUUCCUUGACCGAAGCCUAUGCUGCUUUGGGUGGGGGCGGUUUGGCUUUAUUCGGAACUGCAUGUUUAUACACAUGGCCAAAUUCUGUAGAAGAAAUAUUACCAAAAUUUUUAGACUCCUCUCCCGUAAACAUACAUCGAUUUAUGGAUGACAGUGGCUAUAGAGGAACCUUCGGUGGAUGUUUCGCAACUACAUUAGGAUCAGUGUUCCACGAGCUUGGCCACACUUUUGAUCUUGGGCACACGAAAGAUGGCAUAAUGGGAAGAGGUUUUGACAACAUUGAUCGUGUUUUUACUGUCGGAGAAAAACGUACAUCAAUGGUUAAGGACAGUAUGAAUAAUUAUAACGGAAAACCUGUGCAGCAUUCUACUGUUUCACUUCAACGUAAUAUCAGCGUUACUAUGAAUGUCGCCGAACCUUUACGGGUUUUGGGACCAAGAAGUAAGACCACUCUGGGAAAUUUCGCUUCUAUGUCUAAAAGCGACAUAAUAAGAAGAAGCCCAAAUGUUACACCAAUCACUAGACCAUCGAGUGUUUAUUCGAAUAUCACAAACAAAUCGGAAUCUAAAAGAAAUAUAAACCGCGUUAAUGGCAAUGAUUCAAUUUACUGGACGAGAAAUUGUGCUGUCUUGUUAUCAUAUCACAGAUGGUUUAAUAAUGAAUAUGGAAGAGAAAGGCAAGCCAUUACAAGAUAUCUCAAAUUCGAUAAAAACAAAAUGAUGAUUAUUUCAACAGCUGGAAUAAGAAUAGUAGAAGUACGAGAUGAAUCAAAUGGGAUGGUUUUAGAUUCUUAUGAAUUUACUAACUUGUUACCGGAGAAAAGGUUUUUAGUGCCGUUUACAUUUUCCCCUAAAAGCAAAGUGUUGACAAUUGUAGUUGAAGAUGACUUGGGAAAUGUGCUGAAACAGACAUUUUCUUAUUGAAAGAAUGGAAAUAUAAGU